UAGCACAAUGCUUCUCGCGUUGGUACUUUAUUUGCUCUACGGAAGGCGGUUAAACCAGAGCGGUUCAAAACUCCGGUACCAAAAGCCACUUGCCUCUCACGUCGUACACUUCUCCCGCUCCGACGAUAAACGGUCGUACAUUAAAUGGGCUGCCGCCGACCGGACUUGCAGGAGCUCUGAUAAAGAAGCAACAGACAACAGACCUCAGAAUGUCAAUCCUUUGCUCAUGGCUGUACUUCGACCAGUGAGUAAGGUGGCAGCAGUGCUGGUUGGCAGAGGUUUCAGAAAAUGGUGGCAGUCACUUCCUAAACAGAAAAGGAAACUGUUUAUACAGCAUUUACAUCGCAAUAUAAGGAUUUAUAUUU